UAUCGUCAUUUCACACUACGGAGUAUGAUUUUUUUUAUUUUUUUUAUUUUUUUUGUAGAAAUAAGCUGAAGCUGAAAUUCCGGACAUUCGGGGAAUUUUCAAAAAUCCCUUCGGAAACAGAUUUUGACAGUAAUUCCGGACAUGACUUUAUUGUCUAGGAUAUCCUGACGUAUGGCAACCCUAAAUUCAUGAGUGAGUGCGUGAGUUUACGAGGCGCUUAACGGAUGCCUCCCGCAGAGCCCAGCGCGGUAGUUUUGAAGGCGAGGUCAGAAGAACGUCAUCAUACCAUAGAAUGCUUUGAAUGCAAUAAAUUCAACUUAGUUCUCAUAAUAACCUUGGAUAUUAAUAUUUUUAGAUUAGAAUAUCAAGCAUGACGUGAGUGGAUGACGAGGAACGAGUUAAAUAAAUGUGGUGGAGGAAAAUAUGUCAUUCCAACGGAACGCAAAAGAAAUAAAAUUCCAUUCUUCAUUGUCACAAGCCUUGUUUUACGAAUGUGUUGAUAUUUUACGAAAUAUACUGGUUACCGGCAUUAUAUUGUUUAUCUAAUGUGUUUGUUGUUAUGGGGAAAGGCACGGGGCACGAGGGCGCAGUGUCAGCCCGGCGUGUUGUGGGCAGUGUUGAGUACCGUCUGGGCGGCUGUGUUGUGUGCCGCCGUGGCCCUGGCAUCGUGUCUGUGACCGGGAUCGAAGUAGUGCGUCGCGGGGCGUGGCGUCGGUGUUCGCCUCGCCACCAGAGGGCCAGGAAGAGGACGCGGGCCACCCCUUCAUGGCCUUCGCUGCUGCGACCCGAAGAAAGACCUGAGCAGUCCUGGUUCACGCCUGGUGUUGGGGUCACGUGCUGAAGGAAAGAGAAAGUAAUCACCGCCAAGACCGAGACCAAAAUCACUGUUACCAAGACCAGGACCAAUAUCACUGUUACCAAGACCACCACCACCACCACCACCACCUCCUCCUCCUUCCCUCCUCCACGUUGUACAAAAAGGAAGAUCUGAGCACAUUCUUCCAUCCUCCUCCACCUCUCCUCCUCCUCCUCUUCUUCCUGAUUGGACUCCACGGGUUUCUUCCUCCUCCUCCUCCUCCUCCUCUUCUUCUCUCUUCCUUCCCUUCUCUGUAGUGUGAAGGACAAAAGGAAGAACUAAAGGCCAGAUGUGAGCGAAGGAAGGAAGAAGGAAAAAGGAAGAAGGAAGGAGUGGGAAGAUUUUCAAGAUGGCGACCGCGUGACACUCCUCCUACAGAAUGGAAGCUGCAGGAGGAGGAGGAGGAGGAGGAGGAGGAGGAGGAGGAGGCCUAGGAGGAGGAGUAAACGGAGCAGCAACUGGGAAUGGAGGAGUAGGUGUUGGGAUAGGAGGAAGUGGAGGAAUAGGAGGAGGAGGAGGAGGAGGAGGAGGAGGAGGAAGUGGAGUUGGAGGAGUAGAAGGAGGAAGAGGAGUAGGAGUAGGAGGAAUGAUGAGCAUGGGACCGAGCUCGCCUGGCAUAGGAGGGAGAGGAGGAGGAGGAGGAGAGAGAGGAGGAGGAGGAGGAAAAAGAGGAGGGAUGGCGAGAAGGGCGAGUCUAGGGAACCAACCGACGCAAGAACGAUGGGUCUGUCCGAACGACCGACACCUCGCCCUCAGAGCCAAACUCAAGAUGGGCUGGUCCACCUCGCAGCCGGCGCCCGUCACCCGCCAGGACUCGCUGUCGGAGGCGGAGACGAAGAUUAUCCUGGAGGUGAUCAAAAGGGCGGAGGAGCUGGAGAUGAACGAGCAGCUCAGGAUCGGGCGUCUGGUGGAACGAGUGGAGACGAUGAAGGGACGGGUCCAGGGCAACGGGAACAGCAACUGCAUCCUAUGUGGGGAGAGUCUGCCUGUCCUGCGCACCUCCAGCCACGCCUGCGCCGACUGCAACAAGCGAGUGUGCAGUAAGUGCGGAGUGGACACGGUCAGCCCAACAGGGGAAAAGAUGUGGCUGUGUAAGAUUUGCGGCGAGACGAGGGAGGUGUGGAAGAGAUCUGGCGCCUGGUUCUUCCGCGGCCUGCCCAAGUACGUUUUGCCAACCACAUCCCACUCCGCCCCGGGCUCCACCACCACCAGCAAGCGGAGAGCACCCCCCCGCCGAGCACAUACUCUGGGGGUGAAAGGUGGAGGAGGGAGCGAGGGAGAUGACCACCACCCGCACCACCCCCACCAGGACGAGGAGAACCAGCGGAGGCUACGGAAGAUGGCGAGCGAGUGUGUAGGAGGAGGAGGAGAGCUUGACACACCUCCGCCACACUCUGCCCAUCCUCCGCUUAGCCCCCACCCCAGGUCUCGCAGCGUCUCCCCCUCCCCCUUCCGGUUCGACUCCCAGGAAUCAGCGGGAGGAAGGGACAGCUCGGACGACCACGCCUCCGACAAGUCUCCAGUCUCUCCAGCCGUGACCCAGCGUGACCUGAGCCGGGCGCCGAGCAGGGAGAGUGGGGGGGAGGUGGGCUCGCUCCUCCUCUCCCCCUACUACUCCCCUUCCCCCCACCAGCUCUCCCCCCGCUCCGAGCUGCGCCGAGACCAGGCCAUCGACAGGUCCCCCUCGCCCCUCCUCAGGGUAGCAUGGCGGGACUCAGGCAGGGGAUCAAACUCCUCCGUCAGUGACUCCCCAAACCUGAGCCGGGAGGAGGGCGAGGCGGGCGGGGCGGGGACAGGCGACUCGGGGAGCGGCCCUGUCACGCCCAACCCCGCCACGGACCCCCUUCACCCCGCGGCCCCCUCCACGCCCCGCUCGCCGCACCCCAUGAACCGCAGUAGCAGCAGCAGCAGCGGCAGCAUGGGGCCGGGGGUGGGGGCGGGCCAGGCCUCCCCCACCGUCAACGGCUUCUGGUCCCGCCGCGGCUCCGAGGCGUCCAAGGAGGAGAAGAGACACCCGAAGCUUGGCAAAUCGCCGUGCACCUCGCGGGAGUCCAGGGGCUCGCGCGACUCCAAGGACUCGCUGUUGUCGCGCGACUCGUCCAGCAAAGAUGAAGUGAUGACCAACAGCAGCGUGGACGAGGUGUUCAUGGCGCCGGGCGUGACGGGGCGCGACCAGCAGGGUAUACCAGAGCUUGGCACGAUCGAGUUCUCUCUGCUCUACGACUCCCACAACCAGGCCCUCCACUGCACCGUACACAGCGCCAGGAACCUUCGUCCGUCAGAGAACAAUCGACAGGCGGAUCCCUACGUCAAGCUACACCUGCUACCUGGCGCCAGCAAGUCCAACAAGCUCCGCUCCCGCACGGUGCCCAAGACCACCAACCCGGACUUCAACGAGACGCUCACCUACUACGGCCUGUCGGACCAGGACAUGGCCAGGAAGACGCUGCGGCUCACGGUGCUGGACGAGGACAGGUUCGGGUGUGACUUCCUGGGCGAGGCUCGUGUGGCGCUCCGGCAAGUGUCGCCCCACGAGACCAAGCGCAUCAAGGUGAACCUGGAGAAGCGGAUCAACGUGAGUAUACCUGGCCUUACCUGUGCCUGGGCCCGCUUACCUGUGACGCGGAGAGAUGCAGGAAGGAGGAAGAAUCGUUAA